GCAAACUGUCAAGUUUGUGAUGUCUGCUGUCUAUCGAUCAGACCGGCUGUAUAUUACAUUUUUGUGAAAAUCUCGUAGUAUUUUUAAGAAAAUGACUGCCUUCGAAGAAUUUGGAGUGCUUCCCGAAUUGGGAAAAGCAAUUGAAGAGAUGGAUUGGACGUUGCCUACCGACGUUCAAGCUGAGGCUAUACCCCUGAUUCUCGGUGGAGGAGACGUGUUGAUGGCAGCUGAAACCGGCAGUGGGAAGACUGGUGCUUUCUGUUUGCCUAUUCUGCAGAUUGUAUGGGAAACUCUGAAAGACAUUCAAGAAGGAAAGACUAGUAAAAUUAUACAACAGACGUCGUCCGAGUGGACGAUGUCUUUUUUUGACCGUACGGAUGCGUUGGCAGUGACUCCAGAUGGGCUGCGAUGUCAGUCCAGGGACCAGCAGGCGUGGCACGGCUGCCGCGCCACUAAGGGCGUGCACACUAAAGGCGCCUAUUACUAUGAGGCGACAGUUACCGAUGAAGGGUUAUGUCGUGUUGGGUGGUCCACACAGAGCGCUAAAUUAGACUUAGGAACCUGCAGAUUUGGCUAUGGAUUUGGUGGCACAGGCAAAAAGUCCAAUGCUAAACAGUUUGAUGAUUAUGGUACUGCUUUUGGUAAAAAUGAUGUCAUUGGGUGUAUGUUAAACUUGAACACUGGUGAGAUUCGUUAUGCUAAAAAUGGUGAAGACCUUGGUGUAGCAUUCAAAUUAGACCACUCCCGGAAAUCUGACUGCUACUUCCCAGCUGUGGUUCUGAAGAAUGCCGAGAUGAGCUUCAAUUUCGGUACCACACCUUUUAAGCACACACCGCCAAAGGAUUAUGUUGCCAUCUGUCAAGCCCCAAAGGAGUAUGUUAAACAGAAUGUAGUAACUGCUGGUGCUGCAACAGACUGUAAACCAGUCAACAAUGCUCCACAAGCUAUUAUUAUUGAGCCUUCUCGAGAGUUAGCAGAGCAGACCUUCAAACAGAUCACCAAGUUCAAGAAGUACCUAGAGAACCCUCAAAUCCGCGAACUGUUGGUAGUAGGAGGCAUCAAUGUGAAGGAUCAGAUCAACCAGCUUAAUGCCGGCAUCGACAUCGUUGUCGGGACUCCAGGUCGUUUGGAAGAUCUUAUUCAAGGAGGUUACCUAGCUCUCACCCACUGCCGUUUCUUCGUGCUGGACGAGGCUGAUGGUCUACUGAAGCAGGGCUACGGCGAGAUGAUCGAGCGCCUGCACCGACAGAUCCCGAAGAUCACGUCUGACGGACGUCGUUUGCAGAUGGUCGUCUGCUCAGCAACGUUGCAUGCGUUCGAAGUCAAGAAAAUGGCGGAAAAACUAAUGCACUUCCCCACGUGGGUGGACCUUAAAGGCGAGGAUGCCGUCCCAGAGACAGUACAUCACGUAGUGUGCAUCGUUGACCCUCAAAAGGACCGCUCUUGGGAGACUUUGCGCAAGCACGUACAAACAGACAGUGUACACGCGAAAGACAACAUUCGCAGUGGUAAUAUGACGCCCGAGACGUUAUCUGAAGCCGUGAAGAUCCUCAAAGGCGAAUACGUCAUCAGAGCCAUCAGGGAACACAAAAUGGACAGGGCAAUAAUUUUCUGUCGCACAAAGUUGGACUGCGACAACUUGGAGCGGUAUCUGGUGUCGUUCGGCAGCGAGUUCAGCUGCGUCUGCCUCCACGGAGACCGCAAGCCCAAGGAGCGACAAGCCAACCUUGAGAAGUUCAAGCAGGGACAUGUCAAGUUCCUUAUCUGCACUGACGUUGCCGCACGAGGCAUUGAUAUCAACGGACUACCUUUUAUGAUUAACGUCACUCUACCAGACGAGAAAUCCAACUACGUGCACCGCAUCGGCCGUGUGGGUCGUGCUGAGCGCAUGGGACUCGCCAUCAGUCUCGUAUCUUCUGUUCCUGAGAAGGUGUGGUACCACGGUGAAUGGUGCUCUUCCCGAGGCCGCAACUGUUGGAAUACGAAUCUCAUCGACGACAGGCCCAAAGGAUGCUGCAUGUGGUAUAAUGAACCGCAGUAUCUAGCAGACAUCGAAGAUCAUCUGAACAUAACCAUCCAGCAGGUAGAACCCGACCUGAAAGUGCCCUCCAACGAGUUUGACGGGAAGGUAGUGUACGGUCAGAAGAGGAAGCAAACCGGCUCUGGGUACCAGGACCACGUGAGUCAAAUGGCGCCAGUGGUGCGAUCACUACAGGAACUGGAAUCACAAGCGCAACUAUACUAUCUCAAAAUGCACCAUAAUGUCACCAUUGCAUAAACAUACAACACUAUGUAUUUGAUAAGUUUAUUUAUACCCUCAAUAAAUAUAUGCUGGAAACAGA